AUGGCUCCUACCACGAUCCAUUGCGUGCGUCAUGCUCAAGGCUACCACAAUCUCAGCGUUAUGAACCAUGCCAUGCAUGACCCCAUGCUUACGACACUCGGCGAGGAACAAUGCAAAGUCCUUGCCGCAAACUUUCCCUUCAUGGACCGUGUCGAUGCCGUUGUGGCAUCUCCCAUGAAACGCACCGUGUAUACUGCUCUUCACUCGUUCGCUCCGGUCAUCAAGGACAAACGUCUCAAGGUUCUCACCCUCCCGGAACUUCAAGAGACAUCGGACCUGCCUUGCGAUACUGGGAGUAAUGUUCAAGAUCUCGAAUCAGAGUUCAAAGGUCAACCCGUUGAUCUGAGCUACAUGUAUACUGCUCCGGCCAAAGCUUGGAACACCAAACUCGGCAAAUGGUCUGCUACUGCUUCAGCUGUCGAUGAUCGUGCAAGGAUAGCCAGAGAAUGGUUGUACAACCGUCCAGAGAAGGAGAUUGUCGUUGUCACCCAUGGUGGCUUUCUGCAUUACUUCACCGAGGACUGGAUGGAAAAGAACAAGGGUAACACUCUCCCUCGUCGUCACCGUCAUCGUCGGCGGUCUGACGCUCCCCCUCCUCCUGUCAUUGUCAUCCUGGAACGUGUUCGAUCCAAAUCUGAGAGUGGACCUGACUCUUCAUCGUCACGUCACCAGCAUCACCAGCAUCACCAUCACAAUCAUGAUAAGCAGAAGUCCUCCUCCUCAUCACAGCACAGAGUACAUCAUCAUCCACAUUCUCACAGAAUUCCAGGUACUGGCUGGGCCAACACUGAGUAUCGUUCGUAUACCUUUGGCUCGAAUCCUAAGAGCGGUAGACCCGUACUCGUCGAGACACAGCAGAGCCGUGCAAGACGUACGGGAAACGAGAUUCCUCUCAGCAGAUCAGAGCAGGCAAAUCUACAACGCGUCGAGUCGAUGCAGAAAGCCGAAGAAGAAAAGGCAUACCAGAAAGCCAGCGGCAUCCAAGCAAAGGUAUAA